AUGGCGCUCUCGAUCAUCGCAGGCACCGGCGGCCUUCUCCAGCUAGGCUUAUCGAUUUCAGACAUAGCCUUGUGUGUUGACUUGGGCAAAAAGUUCGGCAACUUCGUUCGAGCAGGACAAAACGACAAUGACCUAUUUGAAGUCCUUAAUGAGGACCGGGAGGCCCUAUUCAGACGGCGUGGCCUCGUAGACGCAGUUGAAAUGGAGAAGAGAUGGCCUCAAGUACAAUUCGUUCACCGCGGCACGAAGAAAAAAGGCAAUAUCAUGGAAAGUCCGCCUCCUGAAUCGCCAUUACUGAAGACGAAUCAUAGGAAAAAGAGAGAAGAUACUAGUGGUGGGGUGGACAGAUUCACAUGGAUCAUGGUCGCAAUUGUUUCCGCCUUAGACGGGUGCUUACCAUCAAGCGUCAUACAGGAACUACUCAUUCGAGUCUUUGUUGAGGUUUUGGCUCGCGAAGAUGACAUCGUACCUGCGUUAAGAAUAACCAUCAAGAAGAAUGUUGAGUCGUGGAGAUCUUUCGGGUGUGCUAGAAACAUAGCGUUCUCGAUCAAAAAUGAGAUGCACAAGAGCCUAUCCAAUGGCGAGCUCGAUCAGCACCCGAUCCAGGCUAUCCUUCAGUUAAACGAAGCAGAAAUGGCAGAUGCGCAAAACUUUCUUGUUUGGCUUCUCAGAGGAGACUCGACAGUAUUUAGCGUUAUGUCUCCCAUCACCUUCUCCAUUGCUGAGGCCUGGGAAAAGGUCAAGCUUGAUCUGUGCACCGGUGGACACCCUACACACGAAGGACAAGCUUGUGUGACAUAUCACCGCGAAGGCCAUAUAAUCGGAGGAUCUAGCUCCAGUACAGGUCCAAUUCCAAGAGGACUUGGCUCAAGGCCCCUCCAGAUUUCCUGGCCUCGCGACAGACCAGAAUCGAUGAUAGACGUCCUGGGGGUCGGUCGUCCAUUGGAGGAAGCUAUGUUACAAGCCUGGGACCGUGGAACGAAGGCCGCCGAUCACCUGGCAUUGGUUGGCAAAGCGGACCUGCCAUUCGAAUCCACAAGCGAGGUAUAUUAUACCCUUGAAGUCUCCUCUGGUGCACAAGUCAGCAGACGGUACGGCUCGCAUAUUGGCAUGCUCGCCGAUCAAGGCCUUCCCACAGACACCGAGAAGAUCUUUGAGACGUUGGAGUGGAUUCUGGUAGGAACGCCGCAAGACAGCUCUCGAUGGCUCCAGAAUCAUGUUGCACCAGACUACCUGCUUCGAGUUGAUGGCGCAGCCGUGUUACGCGAUGUGGAAUACACCCAGGUGUUCUUCAAGUAUCAAGCUUUCAUCUUUGGAUUCUACUACCGACUCCUACGAUCAAUUCUAUGUUUCGAUCUAGUGGAACCCGCGGCUUUCUUCCACGGCAUCUGGGGUGUACACAGUACUACGUUUCUGGCUAUGUGCACUCAGCUGGGUCAAUCCUUGCGGAGAGACGAAAAGGUCAGCCGGGCUCAUAUGCUUUAUGUGCUGUCUGCGAUGUAUAACGGUCGUCGCAAGAUCUUCAGUACCAUGUCACCACUUCCUCGAUUAGUCGGUGUUCUCGGACCCAUCUCGGUACUGGCGCUACCUCUUGUUCGUACAACAGACGACCCUGAUAGUAUCUCGAAGAUCGCUGUCGUUGACCUUCCAAUCGUCGAUCUAAAUGCCGAAAGCGCAGACGGAGAUCUGAUGGCCAGCGAAGGUGGGGGAAUGCACUUCAAAUGCCCGUCCGAGUGCGACCGCGCCGCCACCCUCACCCGACCAACUGGCCCAACGCAUGAUUGGGCAGUGUAUCCAUAUAUGAGCAUGGCAUUGAGUGGGGAAAGCACCAGCGGUGUAGUUAUGGCUGCCCUAUGCGGCAAGAGGCUUGUUGGGUGGUUCAAUCCGUUGGCUGCGGAUAUCUCGUUCCUCAGUUCAGCUUAUCUGCGAGAGUCGCGUAGCGAAGACGAUGUGGUUGCAUUCGAAGUAAAGGACGAGCAUUGGGUGAAUGGUGAGGCCCUUCAGCCAGAUCCAGGUCACGUAGAUUUCGCGUUCGGCGUCGUGCACUCGCAUGGCUCGCCUAGUCUACGGUACGCUGCGGCUGGUUUCUACGCUGAAACAGGCGAAGAAGUGGUAGUUGCUCGGUCUGCCAGUGAAUUUUCCGGAGCUUUUGGCAGAAUAGAAGCACAAGGUCAAGGUAUAGUGAUCGCAUAA